CUCCUCUCUCCCUCUGCCAAACAACCACCUCUUAAUAAAUCCCAAGCAACGGAAAAAAAGCUAAAAAAUCUUUAGUCUAAAAAAAGAAAACUAAAAAAACAAAAAUCUCUCUGGUUUUUUAUUUUAUUUUUUACUGUGACAAUUGUAUGCUUUUACAGAGAAGCAAGUAGUCUUCAAAUUGUGGCUUUAAUUUUAAUUUCUUCAUAAUAAGAGAUUGAGAUGCCAUCAGCUCCUGGUUGCUCUAAUUUUGGAUUUUUAUCAUAAUUUUGGCUAGUAAAUAUCGAGAUUUUUGAAGUUUGAGAGUGCUGAGAAGUAGCGAGUGAGAGGUUGACGACCUGUAGUGGAUUGAUUUUUUUCAACAACAAGAAGCAAAACUGACGUCGUUUUGGGCGCUUGAUUGGAAUGUUAAACUACGAAAUUUUGAUUCUUGAUUGGUAGGGUUUGCGUUGUGUUGUUGUUGCAUGUGAUUGGCGUAAAAGAGAGAAAGUUAAUAUUGGAUUUGGAAGAUAAAUUUAGAUGGCCAGUUCAUCUGAGAGGUGGACUGAUGGUCUUCAGUUCUCCUCACUGUUCUGGCCUCCACCUCAAGAUGCUCAACAACGAAAGGUUCAAACUAAAGCCUAUGUUGAGUACUUUGGCCAAUUCACAUCAGAACAAUUUCGGGAGGAUAUAGCUGAGUUGAUUCGUAACCGUUAUCCAUCAAAGGAGAAGCGCCUUUUUGAUGAUGUCUUAGCAAUGUUUGUUCUUCAUCAUCCGGAGCAUGGGCAUGCUGUUCUUCUUCCAAUUAUUUCAUGUAUCAUUGAUGGAACGCUGGUGUAUGAUAGUAGUGCUCCUCCAUUUGCUUCUUUCAUUUCUGUCGUCUGUCCUAGCAGUGAGAAUGAGUACUCUGAGCAGUGGGCUCUGGCAUGUGGUGAAAUUUUGCGAAUUUUAACCCAUUAUAACCGCCCAAUAUACAAUUUGGAACAACAGAAUAGUGAAACAGAGAGAAGCAAUAGUGGUAGCCUGGCUACGACCAGUGACUCUAGAGAUGGAGAAUCUGCUCAUGUGCCUUUGAUGCUACAUGAUAGGAAACCUUUGAGGCCUUUGUCUCCCUGGAUUACUGAUAUAUUGCUUGCUGCCCCACUUGGUAUCAGAAGUGACUACUUCCGCUGGUGCAGUGGUGUUAUGGGUAAAUAUGCAGCUGGAGAGCUCAAACCCCCAACAACUGCUUCUUCUCGUGGAUCUGGCAAGCAUCCUCAGCUCAUGCCAUCAACUCCAAGGUGGGCUGUUGCAAAUGGUGCUGGUGUUAUAUUAAGUGUGUGUGACGAUGAAGUUGCCCGCUAUGAGACUGCUACUUUAACAGCAGCUGCUGUCCCUGCACUUCUACUUCCUCCUGCAACAACAGCUUUGGAUGAACAUCUUGUUGCUGGGCUUCCAGCACUUGAGCCAUAUGCGCGUUUAUUUCAUCGUUAUUAUGCCAUUGCAACUCCAAGUGCUACUCAGAGACUUCUUCUUGGACUUCUGGAAGCACCACCAUCAUGGGCUCCAGAUGCGCUUGAUGCUGCUGUACAGCUUGUGGAACUUCUCCGGGCAGCUGAAGAUUAUGCAUCUGGCAUAAGGCUUCCUCAAAACUGGAUGCAUUUGCAUUUUUUGCGUGCAAUAGGUGUUGCAAUGUCCAUGAGAGCAGGUAUAGCUGCUGAUGCUGCUGCAGCUUUACUUUUCCGUAUACUCUCACAACCUGCUUUACUGUUUCCUCCACUAAGGCAAGUUGAGGGAGUUGAAGUUCUACAUGAAGAUCCUGGUGGUUAUAUUUCAAGCUACAGGAAGCAGAUGGAAGUGCCUGCGGCUGAAGCAACCAUUGAAGCAACUGCCCAAGGGAUUGCAUCUGUGCUUUGUGCCCAUGGCCCUGAGGUUGAAUGGAGAAUUUGUACCAUAUGGGAAGCUGCUUAUGGACUGAUUCCUUUAAGUUCUUCAGCUGUCGAUCUUCCUGAAAUCAUCGUUGCGACUCCAUUGCAACCUCCCAUAUUAUCAUGGAACCUUUACAUACCUCUUCUGAAGGUCCUGGAAUAUCUUCCUCGUGGAAGUCCAUCAGAAGCAUGUCUCAUGAAGAUAUUUGUUGCCACUGUUGAAGCCAUCCUUCAGAGAACAUUUCCACCUGAGUCGUCCAGAGAGCACAAUAGAAGGACUAGAUAUCUAACCAGCAUAGGGUCUGCCUCCAAAAACCUUGCUGUGGCUGAGCUUCGAACAAUGGUCCAUUCACUCUUUCUAGAAUCUUGUGCCUCUGUAGAGCUUGCUUCACGCCUGCUUUUUGUUGUCUUAACUGUAUGUGUUAGUCAUGAAGCUCAGACCAGUGGGAGCAAGAGACCAAGAGGUGAAGAAAGUUACUUUCCUGAUGAGAGCACUGAGGAAUUACAUGUGACAUACGAAAAACAGGGAGAUUCAAAAACUAGGAAGCUGAAAAAACAAGGACCUGUAGCAGCAUUUGAUUCUUAUGUUUUGGCUGCUGUUUGUGCUCUUGCCUGUGAGCUUCAGUUGUUCCCUCUGAUUUCAAGGGGUAUUAAUCAUUCAAACUUGAAAGAUGGCCAAGCUAUAGCCAAGCCUGCCAAAAUAAAUGGAUCCACUAAGGAGUGCAAAACUAGUAUUGAUUCAGCGAUUCAUCAUACUCACAGAAUCUUGGCAAUUUUGGAGGCACUUUUUUUGCUGAAGCCAUCAUCUAUUGGCACGUCAUGGAGUUACAGUUCUAAUGAGAUAGUUGCUGCAGCUAUGGUUGCCGCACAUGUUUCAGAACUAUUUAGAAGGUCAAAGGCUUGCAUGCAUGCUCUCUCUGUGUUGGUUAGAUGCAAGUGGGAUAAUGAAAUUUAUUCUAGGGCAACAUCUCUAUAUAAUCUCAUAGAUAUUCACAGCAAAGCUGUUGCUUCCAUUGUUAACAAGGCUGAGCCAUUAGAAGCACACUUAAUGCAUACGCCUAUAUGGAAAGAGUCUAUUGUAUGUUCUGGUAGCAGAAAACAGAACAAAUGUACAAGCAGUGGCUGCUUUGAUUCAGGACAGCAAUCUUUCUCUCGAUCUGAAGAUUCAGCCCGUUCAGAAAUUCAUCUUAGAAGUGACGGGGCAUCACGUUCAGGUGAAGGCUCAGGCAUUACCAGUUUCCCAUUGGAUGCCUCAGAUUUAGCCAAUUUCCUCACUAAGGACAGGCAUAUUGGGUUUAGUUGCAGUGCACAAGUUCUUCUAAGAUCAGUGCUUGCAGAGAAACAAGAGUUAUGUUUUUCUGUUGUUUCGCUUCUGUGGAACAAGUUGAUUGCUUCCCCGGAAACCCAACCUAGUGCCGAAAGCACUUCUGCCCAACAAGGAUGGAGACAGGUAGUUGAUGCACUAUGCAAUGUUGUAUCAUCAUCGCCAACAAAAGCAGCUACAGCCAUUGUUCUUCAGGCGGAGAGGGAAUUGCAGCCUUGGAUUGCCAAAGAUGAUGAUCAGGGUCAGAAGAUGUGGAGAAUUAACCAGCGGAUUGUAAAACUGAUUGUGGAGCUAAUGAGAAAUCAUGACACUCCGGAGUCACUGGUGAUUUUGGCUAGUGCAUCUGAUCUGCUUCUACGUGCCACUGAUGGAAUGCUCGUUGAUGGCGAAGCUUGCACACUGCCACAAUUGGAGUUACUGGAAGCAACUGCUAGAGCAAUUCAGCCGGUCCUGCAGUGGGGACAGUCCGGGUUAGCAGUUGCAGAUGGCCUUUCAAACUUGUUAAAGUGUCGUGUAUCAGCUACCAUCCGAUGCCUCUCUCAUCCAAGUGCACAUGUCCGUGCAUUGAGCAUUUCAGUUCUUCGUGAUAUUCUGCAUACAAGUUCAGUUAAGUCUAAUCCUAAACCACCUGACAGAAACGGCAUCCAUGGUCCCUCUUAUCAUUACUUAUACAUAGAUGCUAUUGACUGGCAAGCUGACAUCGAAAAAUGCUUAACUUGGGAAGCUCACAGCCGAAUCGCAACAGGAAUGCCUAUUAAAUUUCUUGAUAUUGCAGCGAAAGAAUUAGGUUGUACUAUUUCCCUAUGACACCAAAUAAACUCGGCAGCUACUUCAGGAUUGUCAUUAUAAUUUAAUUUUCCAAGUGAGACUUACGGAUAGAAAUCAACCUCAUCAUCGAUUUGGCUUAAAAAAUAUGGCUUGAACAACGCACUUAACUAUUCUUCUAGGCACACACAGCGUCGUCACCGCCCUGAAAAUCGUCCUAGGAUGAUUGUGUAUGGUAAAACAAUAGCCAGAGAGCCAUGAUGAGGUUUUAUGUUUGUGUUGAGUAAUUUGAUUCUGCUCAAGCUGGAUUUGUGUAUGAUAUAGGCCCGCAGUUUCACUUUGCCGCUCAGAUUUGAUGGUUUAUAUCUCUAUCAUCGUACCUUCGUAUUUUCAA